UGGUCCAACAUAAUCCAUGAUAAUUUUUUUUAUGUCUUUUUUCCCCUUUUCUUCAUCCUCCGCGUUUGCUCGUGGUGGUAGUGUCGGUGGCCUUGAUAGAAACAUCUGAUUCCCCUCAUUCGUCGUGCCCAAAGCCAAGUGUACUUAAUUAAAAAGAGGAUUGAUAAUUGAAAUAAUUCGCUGAAAUAAUUUUGCAUAAAUCCUAAAAUCAUCAAGACCGUAAAAGCCGAAUAAUCAAUAAAUAUUUCAUUAAACUUUUAGCACUAAAAGUAAAGUCAAUUGAAUCAAAACAAGGGGGUCUUGAUGGGGCAAUCAGGAAAAUCAUACGACGAGGAAGAAGAGCCCACACGGUUUACAUCUCCAGAAUAAACUCAUAGAAUUGAUUAAACAUUAAUCCAAAGUGUUUCCCGGAACAAAUAAACCAUUAAUAGUCGCUGAGAUAUUGUUCUUGAGGUGUGAAAAUUGUCGAGUGCAGUGGCCCCCCAACUGAAUCGUGAUAAAUUAUCACAACACUUGUCUUCCCAAAGGUCGCGAAUAAUCCCAAACAAAUUGAGGAUUAAAGUCGUUCUCAUUAUAAUACAAAUAAAAAUCUACUUGAGUUAAGGUUAACUUGAGAGAUGCGAUCAGUGGCGAAUGUCGAAUUAAUCGUGAUCUAUGGUCUUCGACUGUUGUGCCUCUGCUUUGCUGAGGUUGUUGCUAGUGGUGGUGCACUAGAUGCAAGUACUGGUUAUCAGCCACGCUCGAGUGAUGGAUCAAAAGGUUCACCAAAAUUUUCAGCAUCACUCACUGAUGGAAUUGCUCAGGCCGUUGCACAUGACAGUGCCCAGUCUAAUAAGCAACAGAUCUUGGGUGUUGAGACAUGCAAUGAUGAUUUGGCGUGUAUAACCAUGGCAUCACACGAUCGUCUUGGUCUUGAGGCGAUUAAGUCCCUACACAGUCAACUGGACGAUGAUGCUGAUGGCGACGUUGAUCUGUCCGAGUCCGAUGAUUUUCUAAGGGAAGAGCUGCAGUACGAGGCAGGUUACGAGAGACGACAACGUGCCUUCCAUCACAAUGAUGACAUGCACAUUAGUGUUAGGGAGCUAUGGGAGGCCUGGCUGAGAUCUGAAGUGCACAAUUGGACGAUUGAACAGACUUCUGAAUGGCUUACUACUAAUGUUGAGCUUCCACAAUACGUUCCUAAUUUUAUACAACAUCGUGUCACUGGUGCUACUCUUCCUAGAUUGGCUGUGAAUAAUAUGCAUUAUCUCAGUAAUGUUCUUGGGAUUAAAGAUCCAAUUCAUAAACAAAAGAUUGCCUUAAAAGCUAUGGAUGUAGUUUUAUUUGGACCACCAAAGGAUACUGGACACAGCAUUAAGGAUUUGAUACUCAUAACUUUACUAUUUGGAGCCUUGAUUGGCUGCUGGUACGCUUAUCAGCAGAAGAAGAGCUCCCAGAAACACCUGAAGAGGAUGAUGAAGGACAUGGAGGGCCUCCACAAAGCUGAACUUGCGCUGGAGGACUUGCAGAAAGAACUUGAAAGGGCGAGAUUGGAACAGGCUAGUGCAGCAACCGAGAAACAGAAACUCGAGGCCAAGCUGCAGGGUGAGAAUAUGGGAAUGCAUACGUCAUAUUCUGACCUGGAGGUGUCUCAAUUGAAGCAAGAGAUCGAAAUGUUGAAAUUGGAGCUUCAACGUGCAGAAGGAGAACUAGAGGAUCGUUGCUGGUCACCACCAGUUGGUCUCCAGCACUGGCUCCAACUGACCCACGAAAUUGAGAAUAAAGGAUACAUAAAGAAGAAAAUAGCAGCUGAGAAGCAACUGCAACAAGCUCGCGAAGCGUGUGAGAAAUUACGAAAGAAGAGAUCUAGCCUUGUGGGGGCAUUUGUUUCGACUCAUGGGAAGUCUAUUGAUGAAGUUGACAAGAGCAUUGUGGAGGCCAGAACAGCUUUGAAUGAAGUUACAGCUGAGCUGCAAGAGAGAGUUCAUCGUUGGAAGCAGAUUGAAAUACUCUGUGGGUUCAAUAUUAUUAAUAACAAUGGAUUAAACUAUCUGGAGACCAUUCUGUAUCGAGGAGCACCAAAUGGACGAAGUUUAGGGUUCAGGGGACGAAUGAGUAGUCAGGAUGACUUGGACGAUGAGGCGAGCUCCCUAUACGCAGCAUCAACCUCCGGCGCAGCAGGUAUGCUGGAGAGUUUGACAUGGAAAGAGUCAUCAGCCCCUCCAGAUUCAUCAAGCAGUGAAACUGGCAAGGACACACCGCCAGAGGUGCAAUUCACCGUUGGUGAUGAUGACGUAGUUCCUCCAAUUCCCUCGAGACCAGUGACAAAAGAGAAAACGGGUAUGACGAGAUCAUUAAGUCAAGAAGCGACGAGUAUGACGUACGACGAGGCAAAAAUUUCCCUGGGAUUAUCAAAAACAUCAUUAUCAGAUAAUUCCCUUGACUUGUCUGAGAGAAAGACAAGGAAAACACUGAGGGAAUUACCAACAGUCGACGAUGAGACACUGUCAACAGACUCAAAUUCAACAGCUGACAAUGAUGAGCUCAAGAGACGUCGUAGAAAGCUACAUUUUCCUGGCUUCAGGAAGAAUAAGGGCAAGCUCACGUGAUGGUUCGUUAAGAGGGCUUCAUUUGCACUUAAUCGAUCACAGAGCAACAGAGUGCCUUGACGAAAGCUCAAAUGGACCCUAAGUAUUAAUUGUAUUAAAUGAAUAAUUGUGAUAAAAACUUUUUGAUGGUUUUUUGUCAGGUUUUUCAAAUUGUUGAAGUGUCUUUUCUCUCUCUUUCUCGUUAUCUCUCUGCUUGAGCUUUUCUCGAUGCCUCAGACUCUGGUUCGAACAAAUUAUGUUAAACUUAUUGAAAUUGUAUAUUCGAUUGAGGACAAUAUCAUUGCGGGUUUUUAGUGAUAUUUUAGGGUUUUAUAGUGGAAAAUUAUUUUCCUUUUUUAAGCGAUGGUUGUUGAUGGCGGGUUCGGAGAAUUAUUGGGUUAGGGGAAGAUUUAUUCAUGUGGGGAAAAUGGUCGUUUUGAUGGACGAUGAGAUAUUCAUUGGGGGAUGCGUUUUAGGGGUUUUAUUGAGAAGUUACAAUAUUUUUCCACUCAAAUGAAUUUCCUCUUCAGCGAUGAAUUAACGUUCUUCCAGCCUCGAUGAGGAUGACUAAUUAUCAGAUAAUUUCAGACACUAAAUUCUCUUCAUGACACGAUUAAUAUUUAUUCUAAGGGAUGAUAUCGAAAGUACUUGGAAUUGCUCAUGAAUUAUCAGAAUAUUAAAAGGGGUCAAUAUUUGAUAAUUAACGAAUAUCUGACACCGCAGGGCCUUUAACUAAAUAAUCAAAAUGAGGAUGAAUAAUCUCACGAGAUUCAUCUCGGCAUAGCUGAGAAUAGCAGACGAUGAAGCAAAUCCCAAGUGGGAAAUAUGAGUUAACGUAAAAAAAAAGUAAAUAACCACGAACGAUGAGUAACGAUAUUUUUCAUACAAAAAUUUCUACAAAUGACAAAAAAAAAGUUAUAUUAAAUGAUCAAUUUGCCACGGACUAAUGUAGGUGGAAAAAGAUAAAUAUUGUUGAUAUGUAUAUUGUUAUCACGACUAGAGCUUAUUAUGUAUGCACAUUAAUGAUUAAUCGAAAGGCACACGAAAUUUCACCAAAAGGUAAAAACACGUAUGAAAAAAUUUCAUAGCAAAACCAAACGCAUUGACUAGCAAUUCUACUGCAGUUCUAUUGAAAUAUUCCGCAGCUUUUCUGGACAUUUUCUCAAGUAGAAAUGUUCAAUAGCUAACAUUUUAGAGAAUAUAUCAAUAGAUUUUUAUCUUUACACACAACUCAAUCUGUUGAGGUGUUUCUAUAAGAAUUCCUCAGUUUGAAUUUUUCAAAUGUUUUUGCUCGAAAUUUCAAUCUUGGAAGAAAAAAGGAGUGAAAGGAGAAUUAGGGAAUUUGUAUUGAGAAAUUUUUAUAGGAAAUGUCUCAACGGUAUAAGUAAUACGAGAAAACCAAAACCUAUUCAUUUUUUCUAUUCAGCAUUUUUUAUUCCGUGAAAGAAAACGAACGGACAACCUGUGGAAUUUUUCAAUAGCAUCAGCGAAAAAUCAAUAUAAAGUCUACUGAAUUUCCUAACAAAUGCGCUAAGUGUUUCUAUAAAAAUUUGUCGUACGUGUAGCGAAUAUCACGACAAGUGCUUAAUCCAUGAUUUUUUCUUCCUCUGAAUCUAGUGUCACCAUUUUGUUGCUUUUAUCUUCCCCAUGGUCAUGAUUUAUCACUUAAUCUUCACAUGAGCAUUAAGCUACCAAAAAUCAAUGGCCAAAUGUCAUUAAUCCUUAAUUGAUGAUUAAUCAACCCCAUGGGCUCAAAAUGUACUUCCUUUUACGUAAUCAAUCUAAGAGUAUGUAGGUAGAUUAUAUAGUUUAAUUGCGCACAAUGAGAGCACUUUAGUUUAUUAUUCCAAGUAAUAAUGAUUUUAUCUCCUCAUUUUGUUGUCCACGUAUUUUAUUCUCUCCAGUUAAUCUUAAGUCAAGUGAAAAAUAAAUCAAAUGGUCGUUAAACCGUUAAAACCAAUUGAUUCACGAUGGAAUCGAGUGAUUAGUAUUUUCAAUGGCCAGGAAAGUUUUAAUUAAACUCAGGUUUACGUGUUCUAUCAUUGUGCGUAGAAUCUUAAGUGAUCGAAAAAAAUGAUAAAUCAUUUUAAUAGUGACUUAGUUGAUAAAUGAUAUUGGAGGGAGCAUUGUGGUGUCCAAUGGGUGGUCGGAGAGUUUGGCUGGUGCAAUUUCACCUUCAGUGGACGGCAUGUGAAAUUCUAAGAGAAAAUAUGUAUUCAUUAAUUUCAUUGAAAAAUGACAGAUAUUGGGAGGGUAUAUAUAGAAAUAAAAUUGGUGUAAUAAUUUGUCCAAAUCCAUUGCAAAAUAGUUUAUGUAAAUUUUGGGGAUGGCGUCUUCUUUUAUGUAAUGCGAGGAGUAUGGUUUUUUCCAACAGAAAUAAAUUAAUUUUGAGAUGAA